GAACAGGCUGAUUGGUGGAAGCUUGGAGGAUAGGAUGCUUUUAGGAUGCUUUCCCACCAUUAUUAUUCAAAUAGGCUAUUAGCCAAUGAUUGGUGAGUCUUAAAAGUGGGUCUACUUUUUAAGUCCUCCAUACCAGCCAUUUGAAGUUUUUCGCAACCAUGAGGUGCACUACAAACUGCUUGGAAAGGCGAGUGCGGCUUGGCUUGGAAAGAGUUGGCAAGUUUAUCGGCCUCCAUCCAUGGUGGUUCAUCUUCGUUCCUCUCACUCUGGCUGUAUCUCUUGGAUGGGGCUUCUGCUUUCUAGAAGACCGAAAAUCCAACGAUAUAGUGCAGCAGUUCACGCCAAUGGAUGGACGCGCCAAGACAGAGAAACACUUCUUUGAAAGCUAUUUUCUGCACAAUACGGAAAAUUAUGAAGAUUUCUCCAGUCUACGGUUGACUACAGAUGGAGUUUAUGGAGCUCUGAUCUUCACCAGCGACACCAGUGUUCUCAGCAUGGCUGCACUUGAAGAAAUUUUGCUUGUAGAUGCCAACGUUAAGGGAAUUACCAUUGGGUAUGGAACAGAAGAGGAAUAUUCGUAUGGAGAUAUUUGUGCCAAAGUGAAUGGCCACUGCCAUCCCAAUGUUCUCCUGGAAAUCCUGGAUUAUGAUGCCAACAAUAUUAAUGUUCUAAACCUGACAUUUCCUAGUUUUGACUCCAUCAGAAUGGGGAAAUUAUCACUGGAACAUCUGCUAGGUCAGGUGGAGGUAGACAGUGCUGCAGUCGUCCAGAGUGCCAAUGCAUUGAGACUGUUCUACUACCUGCAGGAUGUCAAUGCUACUCUUGGAGAUUCUUGGCUGAACAAAUUUGUUGAGUUGAUGACCAAUGUAACAACUUCCAUCACACAGGUAUCCUAUUUUACCUCCAUAUCGAGGCAGCAGGAGUUUGAGAAAAGCACCAAGUCUGUCACUCAUCUUUUUGCGAUUACCUACUUCAUCGCUAUCCUGUUCUCAGUCCUGUCAUGUGUAAGGUUUGAUAAUGUGAGGAAUAAAGUGUGGGUGGCCUGUCUUGGAGUAAUCUCGGCUGGUCUGGCAGUGCUCUCCAGCUUUGGGUUACUUCUACUUCUGAACGUUCCCUUUGUCAUAACUGUGGCAUCAUCUCCGUUCCUGAUACUCGGAAUCGGCAUUGACGACAUGUUCAUCAUGAUCUCCUGCUGGCAGCAGACCAACGUCCACGACAGUGUAGAAGACCGCCUUGCUGCCACCUACAAAGAAGCAGCCAUUUCCAUCACAAUCACCACCCUGACCGACGUGCUGGCCUUCUACCUCAGCUUCAGCAGCCCCUUCGGAUCGGUGCAGUCCUUCUGCCUGUACGCUGGCACUGCCAUCCUGUUCUGCUACCUCUACAACAUCACCUUCUUCGGUGCCUGCUUGGCUCUGAACGGCAAACGGGAAGGAGGCAACCGCCACUGGUUGACCUGCAUGAAGGUUCCCGAGGAUUGUCCACCGGAAGCUUCCAGAGGCUAUAUCGCAUGUUGCGUUGGAGGAUCUUACGACCACAAAACUGGAGCUGAGGAGGAACAUCUGAUGCAGGGGUUCUUCAGGAAGUACUAUGGACCAUUUCUGACCACGGUGUGGGCCAAAGCUGCUGUGAUUGUUCUUUAUAUUGGAUAUAUUUCCGUUAGCGUCUAUGGAUGCACGACUAUCAAAGAAGGCAUUGAUCUCAAGAACCUGGCAAUCGAUCAGUCGUACCUGGUGCAGUACUACGAAGCUGAUAAGGAAUACUUCCAUAAUUAUGGUCCGAUUGUGAUGUUGGCUGUCAAUGGUUCAUUUCCAUACUGGGAUGAAGCUAAACGAGAUCUUCUAGAGUCUUGCAUUGAAGAAUUUAAAGCUCUGACCUUCAUAAGCGAUUUGUCCGUCUCUUGGCUUCAUUCGUUUGAGAGGUACGCCAAGCAAGAGAACCUGAACAUCACCACAGAGGCUGAGUUCAAGAACCAUCUCCAGACCUUCCUACAGCGACAUCCGACUCUCAGAUUGGACGUUAGCUUAGCCAAUGAAUCCAUACAAGCCUCACGUUUCUUCCUCAAGACGUCCAAGCCACUGUCUGAGAAGAUAAUGCUACAAUCCUUGAGAGAAACUGCUCAAAGCUGCGAGGUUCAACCUCUAGUCGUCUACCAUCCAGCGUUCAUAUACUACGAUCAGUACACCGUGAUCGCAAGCAACACCAUCCAGACCGUUAGUGUCGCAACCGUAGUCAUGCUAGCCAUCUCGCUAAUCCUCAUCCCCAACCCAGUCUGUGCCUUAUGGGUGGCGUUCGCCAUUGUGUCGGUUAUCGUAGGAGUCGCAGGCUUCAUGGCACUGCUGGGCAUCAACUUGGACUCCAUCUCCAUGAUCAACCUGGUCAUCAGCAUCGGGUUCUCCGUGGACUUCUCGGCACAUAUCUCCUACACUUUCGUGUCCAGCACUAAGGCCAGCGUGGACGAGAAGGUUGUGGAUGCACUGUCGCAUCUAGGGUACCCCAUACUGCAGGGGGCGCUGUCCACGAUUCUAGGGGUGGUGGUGCUCUCAGUGUCGGUGAGCUACAUCUUUAGAACGUUUUUCACCAUCAUGUUUCUGGUGAUUUCCUUUGGGCUCCUUCACGGUAUUGCUUUCAUCCCAGUGUUUUUAAGCUUUUCUCGAUUUUGCAGCAAAUGAUGAGAUCUUUAUUUUGAUACAAAAGCCUUAUCCAGAUAGGAUUAGUGAGAAUAAUACAGGCUGAAUUAUCUACUGUUUUUUGGCUGAACUCUGUGGUCCUCUAGUAAUUUUCUUCCUGUCCGGACGCGCAUCUCUGAGUUUCGUCACCUCACGUUUAAUAAAAUAGCUAUUUGUCCACUGCACCGUAACUACACUUUGGGCGCGCGUUUCCAGGGAAAUCCUGGUCAACAUAACAGCGAGUGGAAAUGAAGGAGCUACUGAAAUCGAUGUCAUGUGACUGAGAAAGCCAAAAAAUUCACUGGUCCUCCGUUUUUUUCAAUUGCAGUUCGGAUGCAGGAGUUUUAUCACUGAGUAGAAGUGUGAAAUAUUUUACACAAACGUCCCCCGGUGAAACUAAUCUAAUCCAGGAUUGAGUGAUGGAAAAAAUUCUUUUUUCUUUUUUUUGUAUCUUUCAUAUAGUUAAAGCAGCAGUCCUCAUUAAUGGUAUCAGUGUCCUGGAAUGAUCAUGCUUGCAACAUCUAAUAUGUCCACCCUGAAAAACAGAAUGGUCUGGUAGGUUGUUUUAAAAAAAUGUCAUAAAUUAAAUGAAAACUAUACUUAUAAAAAUAUAUUUACUGUCAUUAAACUGUAUUAAAAGUACUCUUCCAUAUGUUCUGUACUGUUCCAUAUUCUCACCAGACAGAGUCCCUCUAUGCUUUAUACUUAUUGGUUUGUAGAAUAUUAGUUAUAGACCAAAUAAGGCAGGAGUGAAAACAUCCUUACAGGCUUUUUCAUACAGUGUUUCUCUUCUUCCCAAAUCAAUGAAUCACAUUUAUGCAUCAUCAGUAAACAUGCUGUUUUUUUUUCUUCUUUUUAUUCUGCUAUGUGUAUGAUCAGGAACCAAUAAACACCUUCAAAUCAUA